CAACAACUAGCGUUCUUAUGUUUAUUGAAUUAGAAAACGAAAAUUAUUUAAUUGUUAAUAUCAAAAAUUACACGUUGAUUAAUAAAUAAUUAUAAAAUUCAUAGUGAUCAUUAUUAUUUUCGACGAAAUGUUGAAUAACUCAAUGGAUUAUGAGAAUAUGGAAGAUAUCUUACCGAACACAUCAAAUUAUUUUUCAUAUUGUAACCAGCGUGUGGAUAUAAAAACUCAUGAAAGUAAUUUGAGAAAUAUUCAAACAGACAAUGAGAAUACAGUCAUGACAAAAGCAUCAAAACAAUUACAUUUUUCAAUAGAUGCCUUGCUAGAUGAUGACGAUAUUGAUGGCAAUGCUAAUGAAAAUGGUGACAAUGAUGAUGAUGAUGCUGAUGAUGAUGAUGACGAUGAUGAUGACGACGACAAUGAUGGGGAUAACGAAAAUAUCGACAAUGACAGCUGCAAUCAUUGUUGCAAUCUGGUUAAUUCUGACGAAAAUAACUUGGGGCUCAAAAAUUCUAUUCAUACAGAAAUCGACGGUAAUAAUUGUAACAAUAGUAACAACGAUAAUAAUAACAACCACCAUUUCAACAGAACCACCUCGUUAUUCAAUGAAACUAAAGUCAAUAGUAAAAAAUCGCAUGGGAAAUCUAAUCAUGAUAAUGGAAGUGAAGAAAAGUUUACCAAUAAGCUUAAAAAACAUCAUGACGUUAAAUCAUCAAGAAUAAAUCAAAAUAAUAAAAUUUCUACAAGUUCAUCAUCCUGUAAUUUUCCAAGCAAAGAUACUACUGACAAUAAUAUAAAUAGUAGUAAUCAUAUUGAUAAUGAAAUAAAUCAUAAUCAAAUGCCUUAUUUUAAGAAGCAUAACUUUUUUAAUUCAUUACACGAAUUAUCAUUCAAUGAUUAUUUAACAUUUGGUAAUAGUGCAAUUGGAUCUCGACCUAUUCCACAAAAGUGUACAUUACGUAAGCAUAAACCAAAUCGUCGACCAAGAACUCCAUUUACAACUCAACAAUUAUUAGCAUUAGAAAGGAAAUUUCGUCAAAAGCAAUAUUUGUCUAUUGCAGAGAGAGCAGAAUUUUCAAAUAAACUAACAUUGACUGAAACACAAGUGAAAAUAUGGUUUCAAAAUCGUCGAGCAAAAGCUAAACGUUUACAAGAGGUUGAAACCGGAAAAUAUCAUCUAUCACCAAAUGAAAAUUUAGAGACAGCCUUAAUUGCAGCCAUGUCAUCAGCAAAUCAAGCAUCACAAUUAGGUACAACAAGUAGUAAUAAUAAUAAUAAUGAUAAAAAUUAUACAGAUCCUGUGGAUAUGAUAGCUCAUGAUAUGACAUCAUUUCAUACUAUUCCAAUAUCACCACCACUUCCUAUAUCAUCAACACCGGUUAUUUCGUCUCCUUUAUUACCUCAGUCAAAAUUUCCUUUUCAUUCUGUGUCCACUUCUCGAAUUCCACUAUCUUCUAACACACCAAAUUCAUCACAUCAAUAUUUAUGCUCAUGUAUUUCUCCGAAUCACCAGUGUUCAUACAAAUCAACAGAACUGACUAGAGAUAAUAUUCUACAUCUUCCUACGACUAGUAUGCUUUCAUCUUUCCCAAAUUUAUCAUCACCAUUAUCCACAGACCAUUUGUAUACACAUAAUCAUCACCUUAACGUCAAUAAUAAUAAUAAUAAUAAUAAUAAUAAUAAUGGCAAAGUACAUUCAAAUUAUGAUUGUGAACAAAUUUCAUUUAAUCCCAAUAAACCAAAGUUAUCAUCAUUUAAAAACUUUUCACAUGAUGACUUUCAACAUCAACUACAAAGUAUAGAAACGGUAAACUCUAAACAUUUUUCCACAACAAAAGUUGAUAAUAAUAAUAAUACGUCUCUUUUAUCCUUUACUAAAAGUCAUCCUAAUAAAAAUAUCCCUUCUAAUGAUAUGAUUACUACUAAUUGUAUUAAUAAGAACAAUAUGAAUGGUACAACACAUAAAACAUCAAAGCAUACAAUAUCUUAUUUUUCAAAUGGGCAACGAAUUGACAAUCAACAUGAUAAUCAUAGUAAACUUAUUAAGAAUGAUAGUAGCGAUAAUAAUAAUAAUAAUCAUGAUGAUAAUAAAGGUAAUUUAACGAAUAUGAAAUAUGAUUCUAUUCUUGAUUUUCAAUCAAUACUUAAUAAUCUUCAAUCCAAUUCAAAUGGGAUAAAUAACUUGAAAACAGUUGAAACAUUGAAUGAUCCAUUGUCAUUGUUAUGUGCAGCUAAUCAUUACUAUCAACAAUAUAAUCAAAAUAAAGAAAUAGAUCAUAAUUAUUCAAUUGAUUUAAAUAAUAAUCACAAUUCAAAUAACACAAAACCGUUGUUACAACCCGCUAUGAACGCUACUGAUUCCAGCAGGGUUGGUACAGUGUUGGAUUAUAUACCGAAAAACGAAUCCAAUUUGUAUCAGUCAAUAUUAACAAGUGAAUCGGCAGGGUCGAUUUCGUCCUCUCUUUCAUCACUGACAUCAUCAUUACCAGUUAUGUCAUCAACAUCAAUUUCUUGUUGUACUUCAACUUCCACUUCUUCAUCGUCGACCUUUCCAUCUAUACCAGGAGAUAAAGAGAAGUUGGCACAAGAUCUUGUCAAUAUGUUUUACUGUUCAACAUUCAAUUCAUUCGGCCAACAGCAAUCAGUCUCACCCCCUACAUCAUCCUCAUCAUUAUUGCAAACGUUUACUCCGCAGAAUUUGAAUGACUUCAAUUCUUUUUUAUUUAAACGGCUGUUUUCAGAUAAUGUUUUUAGUCAAACGAUGAAUUUGUCAAAUUCACUAUUGAAUUCAUCAACAUUUUCAAAAUUCGUCCCUUCUGCACUGCAAUUGUCAACAUUUAUGAAUUCUUUAGGUAAUUUUAAUUCAACUCAAUCAUUAAUCAAUUUAACAUCUACAUUGUUUCCACUGUCUACUAACCCGUCAGCAGUGUUUUCUUCACAAAAUGUUAACUCUUUUGAAAAUUCUGAUGCAAAUGUUUCAACAACUGGAUUAUCUUCAUAUAUUCCAUGUACAACAUCUUCAUUGAUGCUAACGGAAUUUCAGAAGGAUACUGUUGAACAACAUUUUAAACAAAAUACCAAUAGUAUUAACGAUAAUCACAAUAAUUAUAACAAUGAUACACUUAUUCCAAUCUGAAAAUUUUCUGCUACUGUAAUUUCUGACACUUAGCUUAUUUUCAGGAAUUAUGCAUAUAUAUAUAAUAUAUAUAUAUAUAUAAACUUGUGUACAUAGAUGAUACGUGAAUUGGAGGAGUUCUUCGGUAUUUUAGAGAUCUAUCUAAGCUAUUUUGCCCACUUUCUAUUUCUCUUCUCAUUACGAACAAUAAAAAGGAGUUAUACAAAUUGUUGAAUUUGAUUGCUGACUAACGUUAAUGAAUGAGCAAUACGACACAAAGUUUAUAAAAUUAUGAAAUUCUGUAUGUAAAUAUAUAUUUAAGUAUUGCAAGGCGGAAAAAGAUAGAUAUGUAUAAAGUAACUAUAUAGAAAUAAUCAGUUGUGUGUUGUUGCUGAAUAAUUUGCAAAUGAAUAUUACUUUUAAAUGAAUUGAUAUCCUUUCACUUUCAUUUACCCCUUUCCUUAUAGGUUUGGAUACAUUUCAGAUCAACUACUAAAUUGAGUAGUAUGAUUUAGUUUUUUUAUAUAGUGGUAUUUUUAUGCUAACUUUAGAUUGGAACGUUUCCUAGGCAUCUUCAUCUUCAUGGUCAUAUAACAAUGUGAUUAGUUCGGACGGUUUCUUUUUAUGCAUUUUCUAUUCUCUGUAUGAUGUAACAUAUAUUGCAUAGUAUCCAUUAAUCAGCAUGUCAGUAAACAAGUAUAUGUGUAUAAUUACAAACAACAGAAGCUGAUGACAUUUAUUUCAAUCCCUAUCCGACUACAUGUGUUAUAAACAAAAGUUCUUUCUUCAUCAUGAAUUUUUUAAAACUGUUUAAUAAUCAUUAAACCGAAUGUCAGCUAUACUGGUUCGUUGUUGUUAUAUUUUGUAAUAA